AUGGUGGGGCGUGGCGGAGGUGGGGGGGGAGGGGAGAUGGAGCGGGGGGACACCGGGGGAAGGGACGGGCGGAACAGAGUGUGGGACGGGCUCGGGCUCGGCAUGCGGUGCUGGGGGGAAGAGAGCGCACUUGCGCUGGCGGGGGAAGGGUGGGCGGAGGAAAGCGCGCGGAGGGGAAGGGGGAAAGAACAGGAGCGGAUGAUGGUGUUGGGGGAAGGUGACGGGCGGGAAGUGGGGGAGAGAGUAGGAGGAGAGGCGGAGAAAUGGGCCGUUGGAAUGCGGCAGCCAGGGGAACGGCACUCGGGAGAAAGGGAACCAGGAGGAGCGAACGAAACGGCGUUCCGAGGCGGCAAGUCGGCGGGGAAGGAGAGACUCUUGACGGGAGAAGAAAGAACGGGCAGUCGUAGCGCCAGCGGCAGCGGUAACGGUAGCGGUAGCGGUAACGGUAGCGGUAGCGGUAACGGUAACGGUACCCGAACCGGCAGUGGCAGGAGAAAACAGAAAGGCCAGAGAGAGCAGCCACAGUCACCACAAGCCCCAGAGCAGUUGGUAGAGUUGGGGGGGAUGGGGGAGAUGGGGGAGAUGGGGACGGUGGGGGAAUCGAGGCAAGCGCGGGAAGGGGACAUGGAGCAGGCGGAUUCGCUCCAGUUGACGCUGCGAAGCCCGGGGAUGGUCGCGCCUGGCGCUCACGGUCUCACCAAGUCGUGCGAGUCAAGCGGAGUCAACGCGGGGAGAGAGGCCGGAGACGGCGGCAGCAGACGCAGCAGAAGCAGCAGGAACAGCACGUCGGACGAGCAGCAGCAGCAGCAGCAGCAGCAGCAGCAGCAGCAGCAGCAGCGGAGUCUGGUUCAGGUAGUGCCAGGAGGGCUGGUAGUAAGCCGUUGCGGAUCUAGCGGAAAGAGAGGGACUGCUGGGGCCGCUUGUCGCAGUGACGGCGGAGAGUUGACCCUGGCAACGGGCAGCACACAGCUUGGGCUGGGACGUGCGGCUAAGGAGGUAGCAGCCGCGGCAGGGGUGGCUGCUGGGACAGAAGGGGCAGCAGGAGCAGGAGCAGGAACAGCAGCAGGAGCAGGAGCAGGAGCAGCUGCUGCUGCUGCUGCUGCUGUGAGGGACUCCUGCUCUGGUGCAGUGAGUGCGGUGAUAUCACAGGACGCUUCGGUGCAGAGGUUUCCAGUCGACGCUCGCGAGGCCCUUGUAACGCGUAUGGAUGCAGCUGGGCCGGAGCAAGAGCGGGUGUGGGAGGGCAGAGGAGGACGGGAAGCGGGAGAAGGGGUGGAAGGAGGGGGCUGCGGCAUGGGGUUGUGGAGAGACGAUGUGGAAAGGUGGAGCAUGGUGGGGAGAGGAACGAGAGGAACGAGAGGGGCGAGAGGGGCGAGAGGGACGAGAGGGACGAGAGGAGAUGAGACAUUCCGAGCGUCAUCAAAUAACCGUCAGGCCGAGAGGCAUGGAGCUACACCUUCUUUGAAGUGGAAGGGAGAGGGGGAACCGGAAGGGAUGAGAGAAGAGGGAGAGAGAGAGGAGGGAGGAGAGGAGGGAGAAGGAGACGAGGGCGAGAGGGGAGAAGGAGACGAGGGCGAGAGGGGAGAAGGCAUGGAGGUGGAUGGGCGAGAGACGGAUGACGACGUGGGUCCUUCCUGUGCUUUGACCCUCCUAGCGGAAGCACUACAGCAGAACCCCGGUGGUGGCAGCGGCGGUAGCGGUGGUAGCGGUGGCAGCAGUGGUGCUGUUGGUACUGCUGGUGCUGGUGCUGGUGGUGUGAGCGGAGGAGGAGGAGGAGGGGGAGGAGGAGGGGGAGGAGGAGGAGGGGGACGGAGGGAGAAAGGAGGUGCGGACGAGCUAGGCAGUUCAUCUGGCAGCAAUAGCCCGCGGGAGCAAGCAGUACGGGAUUCAAGAUACGGAGAGGAGGAGGAAGUUGAGGAGGUGGAGGAGGAGAAGGGAGAGGAGGCCGGGGAGGAGGAGGAGGAGGUGGGGAGGGAGCGGGAGGGAGGGGAGGAGGAGGGAGGGGAGGGGCAGGUGGAAGAAUGUGGGAAGCAUGGUAGUGGGAAGCAUGUGGAUAAGAAACGGCAUGUGGGGGAGUUCAUGGGAGUGCAGGAAGGUGGCGAGUGGGGGCAUUAUGUGGGAGGAGCGGGUGUGCACGGAGGGGAGGAGGGCGGGGAGGUGGAGAGGGAGGAGCAGAUGCAAGAAGGUGGACACGAGUGCAGGGCACUUGAUGAACAGCGUGGGAAGCUUGGGAAACAGCACCAGGACCAGGAGCUAGGCCAGCAGCAGCAACAGCAACGGCAGCCGCAGCACUACCAGCAGCAGCACCACCGCCACCACCAAAACCGGCACCAGAACCAGCACCAGCACCACCAGCAACAGCAGCAGCUGCACCAGCAGCAGCAGCACCAGCAGCAGCAGCAACGCGAGCAGCAAGAGCAGCAGAAGGAGGAUGAGCAACAACAGGAGCAGGAGGAGGAGGCCAUUCGGCACAAGGACCAAAACCCGGGGCCGUGUGAGGAGGGAAAGCAGCAGCAGCAGCAGCAGCAGCAACAGCCACAACAGCAGCAGCCAGGCAGCAGCAAGGGCGUGUGCAGCUUGGAGCAAGUAUCAGCUCUCUUCACAAGUGCACCCGACCCGCAACUCCCGUGCCCACGCUGCAACAGCAGCAACACCAAGUUCUGCUAUUUCAACAACCGCAACCCCAACCAGCCUAGGCACUUCUGCCGCGGCUGCCAGCGGUAUUGGACGGCUGGGGGGGUCAUUCGGCACGUGCCUGUCGGCUCGGGCCGGCGCAAAAGCAGGCAGCAGCAGCAGGUGACGCCACAGCAGAAUCAGCUACCAGUGACAGCGGCAGUGGCAGCCCCAGUGGCAGCAGCACCACCAGCAGCAGUAGCAGCAGGAGCAGGAGCAGCAGCAGCAGCAGCAGUGGAUAUAGCGGAUCUCCAUGCGCUCACUGCUGCUGCUGCCGCCGCCGCUGCUGCUGCUGCUGCUGCCAUGUCCUCCGGGAGAGUGCACCCUGGAGGAGGGGAAGCAGCUCACGCUGCUGCUGCUGCUGCUGCUGCAAUGGCAGCAAUCCGAGCCCUCCCUCCCCCUCCUACACCUCCCCGGCAAUUCCAGCAGCAGCAGCAGAAUUCUGAAGCACGUGCGUCUGCGCAAGCAGGCGCAUGGGGGGUUGCAGCUGAAUUCCAGCCUACACUCGUCAACGCGUCUGCAGUCGCAUAG